CUGCUCAAAGCACGCUAAUUAAUACUAAGCAUUUUAACCCUAUUGCUUAUUUGCUAGUCAUGCGUCUUCACAGGUUGACGAUCGCGCCCGCGCAGCCCACGCAGCCGGCCUUGCUAGAGUCCGCAGUCCAGUCGCCCAUGAACAUCAAGUACUACACCAGCCAGCAAAACCUGUUCCAGCUUGCAGCGGCGCUCGCGGAGAAGAUUAUGAAGAACCAUGCGUUCCAGGACGGGAACAAGCGCACUGCACUGCUGGCGGCAGACAUGUUUCUGAAGAUGAAUGGCUACGAAUUGAAAGGGUCGUCCCUGCAGCCCGAGGGUGGGGGCCAGGAGCUGGAGAAUGCGCAUGUCGCAGUUUGCACGAACGCGUGGACAGCUGAAGAAUUGGGGCGAUUCUAUGAGCGGACGGCUACGGUGAGUGGACGGCUACGGUGAUCGGACGGCUAAGGUAAGCAGAUGGCUAUAAUGAUUGGUGUUUCCGAAAGGACGUUGUGAUAAUUUGAAAGACUGCCUCUCACCUUCACACCUCAAUGCUCCGUAACUUCGUUUCUGCAAGCCCGGAUCUCAGGAGUCAAGGUCUCAAACACAUCUAAACCCGAAACUUUUGAUAGUGGGCCAUCUCGCCAUCAUCACAUGUCCUUCAACCUGUCAAGAGCUCUUCCGA